AUUCUCCGGGUGGCUGCCUUUGCUCCAGGCAGCACCCACAGGAGCCACAGCUGCCCAAAUUACCCUGGAAAGAGUUUGCAGACGCACCAGCCUUCUAACCUGCGGCCGGAUCUCUGGCAUGCUUGGGGCUUUUGUUUUGUGUGGUGAGAGCUAGCACUCCUCACAAGACAUGACAGCAAAAGAUUCUUCAAAGGAGCUCACUGCUUCUGCCUCUGAGGUCUGCAUAAAGACUUUCAAGGAGCAAAUGCACUUAGAACUCGAGCUUCCGAGGCUCCCGGGAAACAGACAGACAUCUCCCAAAAUCUCUCCACGCAGUUCUCCACGGAACUCACCUUGCUUCUUCAGAAAGUUGCUGGUGAAUAAAAGCAUCCGUCAGCGUCGUCGCUUCACUGUGGCUCACACCUGCUUCGAUGUGGAAAAUGGCCCUUCCCCAGGCCGGAGCCCGCUGGAUCCUCAGGCUGGCACCUCCUCGGGGCUGGUACUUCACGCCACCUUUCCUGGGCACAGCCAGCGCAGAGAAUCCUUUCUCUACAGAUCAGACAGCGACUAUGACUUGUCACCAAAGGCGAUGUCAAGAAAUUCUUCACUCCCAAGCGAGCAACAUGGCGAUGACUUGAUUGUAACUCCCUUUGCUCAGGUCCUUGCCAGCUUGCGGAGUGUGAGAAACAACUUCACUGUACUGACAAACCUUCAUGGAACAGCCAACAAGAGGUCCCCAGCUGCCAGCCAGCCUCCCGUCUCCAGGGUCAACCUGCAAGAAGAAUCAUAUCAAAAAUUAGCAAUGGACACACUGGAGGAAUUAGACUGGUGUUUAGACCAGCUAGAGACCAUACAGACCUACCGCUCCGUCAGCGAGAUGGCUUCUAACAAGUUCAAGAGAAUGCUGAACCGGGAGCUGACACACCUCUCAGAGAUGAGCCGGUCAGGGAACCAGGUGUCGGAAUACAUUUCAAAUACUUUCUUAGACAAGCAGAAUGAUGUGGAGAUCCCAUCGCCCACCCAGAAGGACAGAGAGAAAAAGAAGAAGCAGCAGCUCAUGACCCAGAUCAGCGGGGUGAAGAAGCUGAUGCACAGCUCCAGCCUCAACAACACGAGCAUCUCACGCUUCGGAGUCAGCACGGAGAACGAAGACCACCUGGCCAAGGAGCUGGAAGACCUGAACAAGUGGGGCCUGAACAUCUUCAACGUGGCCGGGUACUCGCACAACCGCCCGCUCACCUGCAUAAUGUACGCCAUUUUCCAGGAAAGAGACCUCCUAAAGACAUUCAAAAUUUCAUCUGACACCUUCGUGACCUACAUGAUGACUCUGGAGGACCAUUACCAUUCUGACGUGGCGUAUCACAACAGCCUCCACGCUGCCGACGUGGCCCAGUCAACCCACGUGCUCCUUUCCACGCCUGCGUUAGAUGCCGUCUUCACAGACCUGGAAGUCCUGGCUGCCAUUUUCGCGGCUGCCAUCCACGACGUCGACCACCCAGGGGUCUCCAACCAGUUUCUCAUCAACACAAAUUCAGAACUUGCUCUGAUGUACAAUGAUGAGUCUGUGUUGGAAAACCAUCACCUCGCCGUGGGUUUCAAACUGCUGCAAGAAGAGCAUUGUGACAUCUUCUCGAAUCUCACCAAGAAGCAGCGUCAGACACUCAGGAAGAUGGUCAUUGACAUGGUCUUGGCGACAGAUAUGUCCAAACACAUGAGCCUGUUGGCAGACCUGAAGACAAUGGUAGAGACCAAGAAGGUCACCAGCUCAGGCGUCCUUCUCCUGGACAACUACACUGACCGCAUCCAGGUCCUUCGCAACAUGGUGCACUGUGCGGACCUAAGCAACCCCACCAAGGCCCUGGAGCUGUACCGGCAGUGGACCGACCGCAUCAUGGAGGAGUUCUUCCAACAGGGCGACAAGGAGCGGGAGCGUGGCAUGGAGAUCAGCCCCAUGUGUGACAAGCACACAGCCUCCGUGGAGAAGUCUCAGGUCGGUUUCAUCGACUACAUCGUGCACCCCCUGUGGGAGACCUGGGCAGACCUUGUGCAGCCCGAUGCUCAGGACAUUCUGGACACGUUGGAAGAUAACAGGAACUGGUACCAGAGCAUGAUACCCCAGAGCCCCUCCCCACCACUGGACGAGCAGAGCAGGGACUGCCAGGGGCUCCUGGAGAAGUUCCAGUUUGAACUGACCCUGGAGGAGGAGGACUCGGAAGGUCCUGACAAGGAGGGAGAGGGCCACGGCUACUUCAGCAGCACCAAGACACUUUGUGUCAUUGAUCCAGAAGAUGGGGAUCCCCUGGGAGAGACUGACAUAGAUGCCGCAACAGAGGACAAGUCCCCCGUCGACACUUAAUCUCCCCGUCCGUGUGGAGAGGAACAUUCCGCCCUUGAGGAGCAUGCCAGCCGUGUGUGGGGCCAGCCCACCACAGGCCGUGGCUUGCAUGGGACAAAGCCGCUUGGCCUUUCCAGUUACUUGAGUUUGGAGCCAGAACGUGAGACCGUGAGCUGAGCAGCAGCCCGGGACACCCUGCGGCUGGCCUGCCACGCUGCCAGGGCAGUGGGGGGCUGAAGCUCAGGAGUGUCCGGAGGCCGGCUCUGAUCGGGACGAGACACAGCAUGGAGAAAUAGUCCACGCUCGGUGUCGGGAGCCUGUCCCCCAAGUGACCAGACUGACAGCUUCUUGUAUGAACCUGCUCACCUGUCCCUUGUCUGCCCACCUGUGUGCCUUUUUUGUAAAACAUUUCCAUGUCUUCAAAAUGCUCGUUGAAUACCUAGAGUUUAGUAUAUCAACUUCUACACGAGAAGCAUUCAAAGUUGACAUAACUUUUUUGAUUCUUUCUGGAAGAAAAAAAAAGGAAAGAAAACCGUCUUCCUUCUUUCUUGGGCAAUAUUCUUCACUUGACUACAGUUACUUUGCAAAUGGACAGGAUUCCCCUCUAACCACAUUCUCCUUCCUGCCCUCCGUCCAGCCGGCUCCACAGCUGUCUCUGUGCCUGCUUCACUCAGUAUCUCUCCUCUGGAGCUGCACUCUUUUGCUGUGCACAGAAUAAAGAACAAACUGGGGACUAGGAAAGGGCAGUUGUGUCAUUCACCGUAAGAGUCUGUGUAGAAACCAGCUUAACCAGGCUCUGUGCCCUGCUGUGCCCGACCCGCUGCCCAGGGGCAGCCCUGUCCCAGCCUGCCCCCCCAACUCACCAUACGAUUAUGCGCUGUUUUCACCGUGAUGCUGCCGUCUCUCUCACACUGCCUCUGCGCUAACACCCCGAUCCCUGUUUACAAUCCUGUAUUUAUUACUCAAUGUAUAUAAUGUAAUGUUUUGUAAGUUAUUAAUUUAUAUAUCUAACAUUGCCUGCCAAUGGUGGUGUUAAAUUUGUGUAGAAAACUCUGCCUAAGAGUUGCAACUUUUCCUUGUAACGUUUUGUAUUGUGUAUUACGUGACCCUAACAUGGCUUACCAGAGACACGGCCCCUCUGGCAGUGAGGACAGCAGUGGGCUUCUGUUUGGAGAUUCUGCACCCUCCCGGGCUGAGUUGCUAAUACUGCACAACCCUUUAUGAACCAGUUUUGGAAAUAAGAUUCUCACAUUAGAUACUAAAUGGUUUAUAUUGAGCUUUUACUUUUGUAUAGUUUGAUAGGGGCAGGGGGGCAGCAGGAGGUAGAUUUUACCCACGUCCUAUCCAAAUCUGUGCACGCAUGAGUUGGGUUAUAACUGGGUUCUACAUAAUCAUGGCUUUGGUUCAAAAAGCAACACUACAUUUGCUCAUAGAGGAUUCUUCUGAGUGUUCCCAAACUACUGACUUUUUGAAGAGCUAGCCUCCUGCCUGCCCAUGACUGGGAAUGUCAUGUUCUAAUUCAUUACAAAAGAAAACAAUAAAAACAAUGUGAAUUUUUAUAAUAAAAUGUGAACUGAUGUAGUAAAUUAC